UUCUCUAUUAUCUUUCUCUGGCAGUGGAUGCGGUGGUCGCCUCUGCCUUCUUUUGCUCUCUAGUGUGCGGAGCUUGCUACUUUACAGUGCGGCUCCGGCCAAAUCUUCAAGAUGCAGUCCUCCCCAAACAUGCUCACCAAGUUUGAGUCCAAAUCAUCCAGAGCCAAAGGAAUCGCAUUCCACCCGAAACGGCCAUGGAUCCUUGUCUCCCUCCACUCCUCCACCAUCCAAUUGUGGGAUUAUCGCAUGGGAACCCUCAUUGACAGAUUUGAAGAGCACGAUGGACCCGUCCGUGGUGUCGAUUUCCACCCAACCCAGCCCCUGUUUGUGUCGGGAGGCGACGACUACAAGAUCAAGGUCUGGAACUACCAGACCCGGAGGUGUCUUUUCACAUUGAACGGUCACUUGGAUUAUGUCCGGACGGUCUUCUUCCACCCCGAGCUACCUUGGAUCCUGUCUGCGUCCGAUGACCAGACCAUCAGAAUCUGGAACUGGCAAAACCGCUCACUAAUCUGCACUAUGACCGGUCACAACCACUAUGUGAUGUGCGCCCAGUUCCACCCUACCGAAGACCUCAUCGCCUCAGCCUCGUUGGACCAGUCCGUUCGCAUUUGGGAUAUUUCCGGUUUGCGCAAGAAGCACUCGGCCCCGACCUCGAUUUCGUUCGAAGACCAGAUGGCACGAGCCAACCAAAACCAAGCCGACAUGUUUGGUAACACCGACGCAGUCGUCAAGUUCGUGUUGGAAGGACACGACCGUGGAGUCAACUGGGUGUCGUUCCACCCCACACUGCCUUUGCUUGUUUCCGCCGGUGACGAUCGACUUGUGAAGCUCUGGCGUAUGAGUGAAACUAAGGCCUGGGAGGUUGAUACCUGUCGCGGUCAUUUCCAAAAUGCCUCCGCCGCUCUGUUCCACCCCCACCAGGACCUGAUCCUCUCUGUUGGCGAGGACAAGACUAUUCGGGCAUGGGAUCUUAACAAGCGCACCUCCGUGCAGUCUUUCAAGCGCGACCUCGAUCGAUUCUGGGUUAUUGCUGCCCACCCCGAGAUGAACUUGUUUGCUGCGGGUCAUGAUACCGGUGUCAUGGUCUUCAAGCUCGAGCGAGAGCGCCCUGCUUCCGCUAUCCACCAGAACCAGCUGUUCUACAUCACAAAGGAGAAGCACGUCAAGAUGUAUGACUUCGCCAAGAACGUCGAGUCGCCUCCCAUGCUUUCUCUGCGCAAGCUAGGCUCCCCAUGGGUUCCUCCCCGCACUCUUUCCUACAACCCUGCCGAGCGUGCUAUCCUGGUCACCACACCCGCCGAUAACGGAACCUACGAACUGAUUCAUCUUCCCCGGGAUGCCACUGGUGCCGUGGAGCCUACAGACGUGAAGCGUGGGCAAGCAACUUCAGCCGUCUUUGUUGCCCGCAACCGCUUUGCUGUCUUCAACCCUUCCAGCCAGCAAGUUGAUAUCAAGGAUUUGAGUAACUCCACAACCAAGACGAUCAAACCUCCAGCUGGUACAACUGACAUCUACUUUGGUGGCACCGGAUGUUUACUUUUCAUCACUCCUACUCACGUCACCCUGUUCGAUAUCCAACAAAAGAAGCAGCUCGCUGAGCUUGCCGUCAGUGGCGUCAAGUACGUGGCGUGGUCUAAUGAUGGGCUCUAUUGCGCCUUGCUGAGCAAGCACAAUGUAACCAUUGUCACCAAGACCCUUGAGCAAGUCAGCACCCUGCACGAGACUAUUCGAAUCAAGAGUGCUACCUGGGACGACGCUGGUGUGCUCUUGUAUUCUACUCUCAACCACGUCAAGUACUCUCUUCUCAACGGUGACAACGGUAUCAUCCGCACUCUUGACCAGACUGUCUACCUUGUGCGCGUCAAGGGACGUAGUGUAUACGCCCUUGACCGCAAUGCCCAGCCCCGGAUCUUGGAAAUUGACCCCACUGAGUACCGCUUCAAGCUUGCUCUGGUGAAGCGAAACUACGACGAGAUGCUGCAGAUCAUCAAGACCUCUAGCUUGGUCGGCCAGAGCAUUAUCUCAUAUCUGCAAAAGAAGGGCUACCCAGAAAUUGCCCUGCAGUUCGUUCAGGACCCUCAGACCCGCUUUGACCUUGCCCUCGAGUGUGGUAACCUUGAGGUUGCUAACGAGAUGGCUCGCGAAUUGGACCGUCCCAACUUCUGGAGCAGACUUGGAAACGAGGCAUUGGCUCAUGGUAACCACCAGACUGUCGAAAUGACAUACCAAAAGCAGCGCAACUUUGACAAGCUCUCUUUCUUGUAUCUCGCCACUGGUGACCAAGAGAAGCUCUCCCGUAUGGCGAAGAUCGCCGAGCACCGCGGUGAUUUCACCUCUCGCUUCCAGAACGCUAUCUACCGCGGGGAUGUCGAGGACCGUAUUCAGAUGUUCAAGGAGGUUGACUUGUACCCCCUUGCCUAUCUGACUGCCAAGUCACAUGGUCUUGUCGAAGAGGCCGAAUCCAUCCUGGAAGCUUGCGGGCUUACUGAGGAUCAAAUCGGUCUGCCCACACUCGAGCAACCCCUGAAGGUUCCUCAUCCUAUUGUGCCCACAUUCAAGUCCAACUGGCCUGUCAAGGCGGCCGGCCACUCUUCAUUCGAAAAGGCCCUCCUCGGAGAGGUUGGUGCUGCCGACGAGGAUGCCGGUGCGGAUGGAUACGAUGUCGAGGAAGAGGAAGAGGAAGCCACUCUCGCCCGUGAGACUUUGGACGAUGAUGACGAUGAGCCCUCCGGGUGGGAUAUGGGUGACGAUGUCACUGUUGAGGAAGAUGUCGACUUUGUCAACGUGGAAAGUCCUGAAGCUGGCGCAGCUAGUUCCGAGGCCGAUUUGUGGGCUCGCAAUUCCCCGCUGGCUGCGGAUCACGUCGCUGCGGGCUCUUUCGACACUGCCAUGCAGCUUCUGAACCGCCAGGUUGGCGCCGUCCAGUUCGCCCCAUUGAAACCUCGCUUCCUUGAGGUUUACAAGGCAACCAAGACAUACCUCCCGGCGAGCGCUGGUCUGCCGCCUCUGGUCAACUACGUCCGCAGAACUGUCGACGAGACCGACUCCCGCAAAAUGCUUCCCAUCAUUCCCCGGGACCUCGAGACCGUCGCCAGCGUCGAUCUGCAGGAAGGUUACACCGCCAUGCGUUCCAACAAGCUUGAGGACGGUGUGACCACCUUCAAGAAAAUCCUCCACACCGUUCUCGUCAACACUGUCUCUUCGGAGGCAGAGGUCGAGCAGGCAAAGAAGAUCAUUGCCACUGCCCGUGAAUACAUCCUUGCUAUGUCCAUGGAGCUUGAGCGCCGCACACUUUCUACCGACACACCCGAAAACCUCAAGCGUAGCCUUGAGUUGUCUGCCUACUUCACCAUCCCCAAGCUUGAGGUCGCCCACCGACAACUUGCCUUGAUGGCUGCGAUGAAGUUGGCUUUCGCCAACAAGAACUACGGCUCCGCCUUGAGCUUCGCCAACCGAAUGCUGGCCAACGGAGGCUCGGCCAAGCUCCUCGAACAGGCCAAGAAGAUCAAAGCCCAAUGCGAGCGCAACCCGCAAGACCAGAUCGACAUUGACUUCGAUCCCUUCGCCGAGUUCGACAUCUGUGCCGCUUCCUUCACCCCGAUCUACAACGGCUCUCCUAGCGUGUCCGAUCCAUUCACCGGCGCCAAGUACCACCCACAGUACAAGGGCAGCGUGGACCGGAUAUCAGAGGUUACUGAGAUCGGUGCGCCGGCCAGUGGUCUGCGUCUGUUUGUCCCCAGUCAAUUUUGA